AUGUCACUAGAUCCUCAUAUUGGCACGUUGCCAUAUGAGGGUGUGGCUUUGGAAAAGGUCCAAUUGGACAAGCCAUUGUUUUUGAUCCUGACCAGCAUGUUUAUGGCUAGUCUCUUCUUUAUGAAUAUCGAUGGCAAUAUCAUUCCAACACUUAUCGCCAUAGAGCAUGACAUGGGAGCAACUACCCUCCGAUCAUGGCAAAACCUCCACGGCUUUCCCAUAUUUAUUCUUCAUCGCGUGGGGAAAUUUGCGCUUCUCUCCGCGUUGCCAUUCACCGGUACUAAUCUCAAGAUAUGUUUUCUCUUGAAUGUGGUGACGGACAUGCUACUUUCAACGCUGAAGGUAGCUAACGUGCACUUUAUCAUUUCUCAGCACUUGAGAGCUAAGGAAGAACGACCUACGACUCUUCGCUGUGUUUUCAGCUUAUCUUUAUGGUGGAGGACCUUUCCGGCUGCCCUUCUAUAUAGCGUAUGCUCGAGUGUUUGCUUUUACCUCCCUAUCCAUGCCGGUCGUCUAUUCUUUCUUGAGCUUGGGGAAUACGACACACAUGUCGGCUUGAAAGGGGGAGCUGUUAUUGGGUUAAUCGCAACUCUGUACUUUGCCGCCGUCGUGCCGUCUUAUGCCGUUUUUAUCCGAGUUGCGGCUUCCGCGCUACCUGUGCAAACGGCUUCAAGGGAAAAGGCAGAGAGGUACGGAGGUAUCUUUGAAGCAUGGCGGAGUUUUCCUUCUUCGGCUCGAGUCAAAUUUUUCAAAUCGCUCGCUAGUGUUCUGGCUAUGGAAGCCACUAUGGCCUUUGUGUUGAGUGUUUGCGUUCUGUUGCUCUUCCAUCCUUUGCUGCAUGAAGAUGUUAUUUUGUUUUUGGUGAAAUAUGCUGGGUAA